AAAGGAGUUAAACCUCCAUCCAUGAGUUUCUGUGUUUCUCUGCCCCUCCGUUUAGUCUCCCUCCCUCCCUCCCUCUACAAGUAUAGCUUUCAAAGAACUGAACUCUUCUAUGGAGUUUGGAGCCAUUAAUGUGCAUGGUCCUCCUCCUCCUCAGCCCCAUCAUUCUUUUCCUCUACUAGCACCACUCCACUGCAGAUAGGGCACUUGAAUGCUUCUUGAUUGGUAAUGGUGGGCUGAGGUUACUGAUUCUGCUCUCUCCUGCUGCUACUUUAGUUGAUUCGGGUUCCGAGUUUUCUCUUCCGGGAGCGGACAAUUCGCCGGUUCUUUUCGGAUAGAGAGGAAAUUCGAGGACUUUGUGAUUGCUCUGGUUUGCCCCUAAGAAGAUGGGAUAGUUCCAUUUGAGUUGAGGAGGGUGCUUUUAAGAAAUUUGAUUCCCAUAUUGCGACUGUGUGUUAGUUUUCGAUGGAAUCUUCUUGGAUUUAUGUCUCAGAAGGGAAGGGAUUCGGGUCGAACAGUGAAUCCAUAUCGCCUCCGGAUUCGCUUUCGAGGAGCAGGAACCCGUUCCCCAAUGGGGAACUGGUAAAGACUCCUUCCUGUUUUGGGAAUCACAUUCUGAUCUCCGGAGGUCAGCCGCCAGCUGACAUGGGUCAACGUUGUUUCGGGCCAGAACUGGGGAUUCAGCAGAUGAUCGCGAAACAGUUGCCCUCUGAUUCGGGAUCCGAUGUUCUAACUGGUAGAUUUGGCGGCGGGAGAGAUAUGACCCCGAUCAUGGCUUCCCUGAAUGCCUUCUCUGAGGAAGACGACUCCACCUCGAAGUUCUCCAGUUCUGUGGUGGACUCCAACAGCCGAGACUCAUCCCUCAUUGAUCUGAAACUGGAGAGAUUCAACGAUAUUAGGGAUCACCACAGCUCAAAGUUCUCACGAAGAGGACCGGUCCUUUCUUAUCCCGAAUCUUCGGCUCCUUCCAAGAGAGGUCGAGCAGGAGGGAUAAGUUCUCAGACAGCUUAUUGCCAAGUUUACGGGUGUAACAAGGACCUCAGCUCAUCAAAGGACUACCACAAGCGGCAUAAAGUCUGUGAGGCCCACUCGAAGACUGCUAAGGUGAUCGUGAACGGCAUCGAGCAGAGAUUUUGCCAGCAAUGCAGUAGAUUUCAUUUGCUUGCGGAGUUUGAUGAUGGAAAGAGAAGCUGCCGAAAACGUCUCGCAGGCCACAACGAACGUCGCCGGAAGCCUCAAGUUGGUGCUCAUUCUGGUAGAAGCGGAAGAUUGCUCCAACCUUUCGGCAAUAGGUUCCAAGGGAAUGCCUUUGCACCAACCUCCUUUAUAUGCCAGGACAUUUUGCCCAAUGGAACCAACUUGAAUCCCGAGAAAUAUAGCACCCAUGACUUAUACGGGCGAAUCAAACUCGAGGACAGAGCAGAUUAUGGUGGCCCUUUAACAGCCAUUCCUCUCCCAAGCAGGCAUCUACAUUCUAAAUCCCCCAUUUCACCUUACACUAAUUUGGAAAAACAGUUCCCUUUUGCCCACGAAACUGGAGUCAGCUCUUCCACAUCAACGGGAAUCUUCAGCGGGCAAAUCUCUGCCUCGCGAUCCUUCUUUCAAGACUCUACAUUGGGGAGUGAGGACUUCUCGGCUUUCAACUCAGCAUCAGCCCUUCAGGGAUUCUCAGAAUCGGGUUGUGCUCUCUCUCUUCUGUCAUCCCCAUCUCAAAAUUCUUCUUCCUACAGCUUGAACCAGGUUUCGAAUAAGAUCAUGAGUGAGGUACCGAAUAAGCUGCGUACUUCCUCGGCGAUAAGUUCUGGAGAAGGAAACCAAACAAGUCCGAUUCUAAUCUCGGGUUGUGCUGAUACAGUUAAUUUUGAGAUUUCUGAAGGGAUUCUUCGAGCACCGGAGGUUUUACACGAGAAAGGCAAACUUUCCUGUGAUGAUGGUCCUACAAUUAGUCUGAGUCAGUUAUCUUCUCAGCUCCAUCGUGUAGAGCAUCAGAGACGGUCCAUGAAGGUGAAGCGGGAAGAUGAUCCUUUCUUUUGUACUAGGCUCACUUGAAGCUUUAAACGGGAAGCAAAGCAUCCGAUCACAGGGAACUGGAGAGAUGUUUUCCGGUAGAUUGGUGUGGAAUAGAAUAAACCGAAGUGACUGGACUUUUUCAACUGCCUGAUUCUAAAUUUUUUGUAUUUAAUCCUGUGAAUUGAGUUAGGGGCUCUCUAACCUCUUUCAGAGCAGAUUUAAAGGUCUGAACUUUGGAUUCCUAACGGUUAUUCAGUUGUAUAUCAGUUCUCAGUAGCUCCAUAGAUCUGCCCGAUUUAUGUCGGAAAAUUCCGCACUAUCAGGUUCAGGUCAGUUCUCGGGUACUAAUUUCUCCUCUGCAACUCACAUUACUGAUAAUCAACUGGGAAAUGGCUAUAAUCCAAAGUUCUCUUUCA